AUGGGAAGCUCACAUUCGCCGUUGGCAAUUACCUUCUACGUCCUUGCGGGAUCUCUCGCUUCGUAUGCGACAUUCAUUGGUCUUCUCACCAUCCCAUUCUUCCAAAACCAAGUCAUUUACCUCAACCGUGUCACCUUGACCUGGUUUCAAGAUGUAGCUAUCCCUGAGCGAUGGGGUUUCCUUCAUAACCAGGUCACUCCUUUCACCCUCGACACAUCCGAUGGGGAGACGCUGCACGCCUGGCAUAUCCUGCCCUUAGGCCUCUACCAGAAAUACGAGCAACGACUCGUCGAGGAGCCGUCGGGCAUCGCGCCCAACAUUUCAAAGACUCUCGGAUUUGAGCUCCUGCGCGAUGAUCCUGACGCCCGAUUGGUCAUCUACCUUCACGGUGCGGCCGGCACUCUAGGCUCUGGUUGGCGACCAGCGAGCUACCGCGCAAUGUACGCCGCAUCGCCAAGCAACAUCCAUACAGUGGCCAUCGAUUACAGAGGAUUUGGAGCCAGCACUGGCACGCCCUCUGAGGAGGGUCUGUUGACAGACGCUCUGACACUGGUUAACUGGGCCUUGAAGGAGGCACGGAUUCCUCCCUCGCGAAUUGUUAUCUUCGGCCAAUCUCUCGGUACUGCAGUGGGCAUUGCUUUGACAGAAUAUUUGGCAGCGCUUCCGCAGCCUAUACUUCUCUCUGGCAUGGUCCUCGUGGCUCCCUUUGCCGACGUUGAGCUCCUUACCGCUACAUACAGAGUAGCUGGCACGAUCCCACUUCUGGAUCCCCUCGCGCACUUCCCGCGUCUUCUUGCUCUCCUCAACACUUUCAUCCUCAGCAAAUGGCCCAGCAAGGAUAAGCUGGCACGCUUUAUUCGCCGAGUGGAAAGUCUAGCCGAUGACAGUGCAAGAUACCACAUCAACAUUAUUCACGCUGAGGACGACUAUGACAUUCCGUGGUCCCACAGUGAGCAGGUGUUUUGGCAUGCCGUCAAUGCCGCCACGCCCAUGGGAAUAAGCUUUGAAGACCUCGAGAAGGAAAAGGAGAACAGCAAACAGCAUCUCGGUGCUGGUGGCUGGGUUGCCACAAAGCAGGGCAAUAGGGGGUUCAUCAGGGAAGAAAUUGUGAAAUGGGGCCUGCACGACAAGGUUAUGUCUUAUCCCGUGGUCAGCUUGGCCAUCUUGAGAGCCUUUGAAGCUGGCGAAGCAGGGAAAUAA